CCUAAUUAACAGCCCAAAUUCCCUUAAAGGGGGAUCUCAGGGAUGCCUGAGCCAGCCCCAAACCCCAGGAUGCCACCAGGAAAUGUGAUGGGUGCUGUGACAGUGGCAGAGGCACCACGAUGAGCAACCAGCAAUGGGAGAAACAAACCAGCCACCACCAAGCCACCACCCCAGAGCGAGCAGAGGCCCCAGAGCCAAAGGCAAGGAGUGGUUUUGGCACAGGAACUCACAAGUGUGAGCAUCAUCCUGUGCUGUUUGCUGGUGGCCACAACCCAGCCCAAAAUAGACUCCCAGCCCAGCAUCAGUGGCUGCUCCCACGCCCCUGAGCAGCCCUCAGGUGUCACGGUGGCCAAAGUGGCUGCCAGAAGGAAUUUCCCCUCACCUCUCACCCCUCAUGGAGAGAUCCAAGCGGUUCUUUCCACAGGGAGGGUCCAAGCUGUCAUGGAAAGCCUGGCAGGGCUGUUAUAAAUCACCCAGGGCUGCAGGCAGGAGGGCAGGCAGCUCCUGGUGGCCUGAGGAGAACCAGAGCUGCUGGUGCUGACAGAACCUCGGGGUGGACAUGAAAAUCUCCUUGGCCCUGCUCGUCCUGCUGCUGGCAGCUGCCUGGACUGGAAGCCAGGGGAUGUCCUUCCGCAGCUCCAGAGCCAACUGCUGCUCCAAGGGAAUGUUCUCCCAUCGGAAAAUCCCCGAGUUCAGGAUCCGGGGCUACCUGGAAACAGCCCCCAGCUGCACCCACAGGGCUGUUCUUGUGAAGCUGCCAAAGGGGAUGGUCUGUGUGGACCCAGAGGAGAAAUGGCUCCAGGAGUACCUGAGGAAGCAGAAGAAGCCAAACAGCACCUCCACGUGAAGCUGCCUUCCCCAAAUCUCUAUUUAAUUGUACCCCAUAAUCCUCUGUGUGUUUUUGUGUCACUCAUUAAUUUAAGAGAGCUGGCUCUGUCCCCUCCCCUGCCCCCA